UGCCGCACCUGCGCAGCCAUCUUGUACUUUUAGCCAGGGACGGACAACACCGAAGAAAGAAAAGGGAGGAAAAUAAAACCCCAACGCUGCCCGAGAAAAACAACGAUAAACGUCUGGUCGUUUUUUUAUGUGAAAUCAUCUCGAUUACACGGUUACCCCCUUUAUCAGUGGAGCUAGAGAGAUAAACCUCCGUUGUAAAGCACCUCGGUAUCCAGAGCUACAAGUCAUCGUUCGGCCGGAUUGUGAAGCAGAGAACCGUAGACACAAAAAACAUCCAGUCUGAAUCAUGAACCCAGAAUAUGACUACCUCUUCAAGCUCCUGCUCAUUGGAGACUCUGGAGUGGGGAAGUCCUGCCUUCUCCUCCGUUUCGCUGAUGACACCUACACAGAGAGCUACAUUAGCACCAUCGGAGUGGACUUUAAGAUCCGCACCAUUGAGCUUGACGGCAAGACCAUCAAGCUGCAGAUUUGGGACACGGCUGGCCAGGAGAGGUUCCGCACCAUCACGUCCAGCUACUACCGCGGCGCCCACGGCAUCAUCGUCGUUUACGACGUCACGGAUCAGGAGUCGUACAACAACGUGAAGCAGUGGCUCCAGGAGAUCGACCGCUACGCCAGCGAGAACGUCAACAAGCUGCUGGUGGGGAACAAGUGUGACCUGACCACCAAGAAGGUGGUGGACUACACAACGGCCAAGGAGUUCGCCGACUCCCUGGCCAUCCCCUUCCUGGAGACCAGCGCCAAGAACGCCACCAACGUGGAGCAGGCCUUCAUGACCAUGGCGGCGGAGAUCAAGAAGCGCAUGGGCCCCGGGGCUACGGCGGGCGGGGACAAGCCCAACCUGAAGAUCGACAGCACCCCCGUGCGGCAGUCCGGCGGCGGCUGCUGCUAAGUGGGACCCCCCCCUGCCCGGCCACGACUUGAAACAUCACCCCCCCCCCCCCCUACCCACACGCCCAUCGAAUAACCCCACCUCAACACCGUUCAAACACGCCCACUUCUUUUACAAUUCCCCCCCCCCACCACACCACCCCCCCCUAUCCCCAACCGCACUCAGUCCCCCCGUCCCCUGUCCCACCACACACUGCCACCGCUGUGGCUUUCGGUUUCGCCUCAUGGCUCCUCAUCUUCUGUCAUCCUCAUCCCCCCCCCCCCCCCCGUUAGAACGGGGGUCUCCCGGGACCGCCGAUGACACGGGCAGACUUUUGGACGAGGACUGGAUGCGGGUGGGGGGGGGGCAGCUUGGCGACAGAUACAACCGGACCUUCAGAAGGUUGGGCUCUGGUCACCCAAGGGUGAAGGGGGGGGGGGGGGGGGGGGUGGGGGGUGGUGUGACUGGAGUUCAACUUAGUUUUUUCACCAUUAGAUAUGUGGAGGGCGGAAAAUGUUUCUGAUGUAGUGAGCGACACACAGAAGGUUAGUACACGCCCCCACGGAAACCUACACAGUACGGGGUGGGUGGGGGGGGGGGGGGGGUUGGGAUUGGUGGGUGGGGGUGGUAUGUAUGGAACAACUUGAUCAAGUGACCCAAUUUGUUCAAAUCGGUAGUCCUUACGGCUUGAUCCUCUGGAGAACACACACACACACACACACACACACACACACACACACACACACACACACACACACACACACACACACACACACACACACACACACACACACACACACACACACACACACACACACACACGAAUCUUGAGUCACCGACCAUGGACGUUGAAAAUGCAAAACAGUGAUCUAAAACUCGGGGGUUUGCGUGGUGAAAUGGCUACCCGGCCGUCACAUGGAUAUUCAGGGCUAUUCGCCUAACAGUCCACCACUCCACCGUUCACCAUUCAUCCCCCCCCCCCUCCUUAUCAACCUUCGCCCACUGCCUUACUCUCAUAGCCUGAAGUAUUGAGUGGACCUACACGCAGUGACCUAGAUGCUAGUUUGUGUAAAUGAGCCUUUCUCGGUGGUUAUCGCCAUUCACCAACACUUGCACAUUUUAUGUCCAACUCCACACUUGAACGCGUCCACGUCCGCCGUCGGCCCCAUCCGGACACCCGUAACCCCUGACUACUCUCCCUUUUAAUUCUAAAGCGAAAGGUCGACGUGAUGUCAAAAGCGUUGCGUUUGUGUGCGAGCAAAGGGAAGGGGUCACAUAUCUUGCCUGUGCCUAGGAGUUAGGGGGAGGUCAACCCUAAUGCCUUUCUUGGCUCAUUCGUGGAUAACAUUAUAUUGCAAACAUGAACCGUCAACACAGGCAUACCAUCACUGAUUACGAGUUUUUAAAGGGUUAACGGGCUGGGGGGAGGAAUGAGAACAUGACAUUUAACUUAUCCUGACAAAACAAAUUGGGCAAUGUUCUGUGAUUUGUCUUAGUAGGCUAUUAAAUAACUGUUUUUUAAUUACUGUUAUGUUUUUAUAUUUCAUUUAAUCUUUAUUUUGAAGGGGGAAAGGCGUUUAAUGGAGGAAAAAGAAGCUUGUACAAAAUUGCUUUAUACUGUAAUCAUGAGGCUUUUUAGGACAAAGUUUCACUUUUGUUUUUUGUUGAUUUUUCUCCAAUGAAGUUAGGUAGUGGAAUGGCGUGUGUGUGUGUGUGUGUGAGGGGUUGGCGUGGGUUACAGUGUGUCCAAGGGUAUAGCGUUUCUAGGCGAGGUGCCCAUUGCAUGCCUCCGUGUUUUUGGAAUCAUUCUCCAUCAUCCAGUCAGCCACCUUUUUCUCAGAUUCUGUUCUACCACCCGUUCUGGUAUACCCUGUUUUGUAUGUGUUGCGUUGAGGCUCUUAAAAUCCCCCUCAAGUAUAAAAGGGUCGUGUUGUGGCCCCGGGGUCAACCAAGACUUUUGAUUGGCUGCAGCUCAGGCGGUCUUAGCCUAUGCUUUCAACCCCCACCCCCAUUUCCAUGGUAUUUUUUUUGAAGGAAUGUGGUGUUAAGGUGUAUGCUUCUUCACCCCAUGUACUGCACCCCCCCCCCCCCCCCCCCCUUCUUUAUUUUAAGAACUGGAAAAGAUUGAAGUGUUGCUAUAGCAACGCGUAUGGUUACCAACAACACUAUUUCACAAGUAGCAUUCGGGGGGAGGGGGGGGCCUCCAGACUGGGAUUGUUAUUUAUUUGUUUCGGGCGCUUUUGUAUCCUCCUUCAGAGGCGGGCUGCUGCUCGCCGGCUCCUCCUGGUGGACGGGGCAGUGGCAGGCCAGAAGGCAGGGCGCGUUCCCCCGAGCAGCGGUGUAACGGGAGCCGUCGGCCCCUCUGUGAACGUCCCCCUGGCUCAAGUUAGCCGGGCGCGUGUGUGCGUGUGUCGGGAUCGACUCGAUUCGCGGCAAAGUGGUUCCGGGGACUGACUGGUCUGGGCUUUUGAAGACCGGAUAUGAUUUCCCCCCCCCCCCCCCCCUACCGCCCCCUAGGGAUGCCUCCGGCCCACCUCCCUCAAUGGCACCUUAUGUGACAUUCAUCGACCUGUCCUCCCCUCCCCUCCCUCCCUCCUUCCUCCCUAGAAUAACCUGGAGAAGGUCUUGGGGAAGGAUUGGAGAGUCCACCGUGCUGCGUACUGUGCCACUGCGGCAAAUUGCAACUUCAGCUUCUAGGAGACUUGAGGUGUCAAGUGAGGGCAAACGUGUUGAGUGUCUUUCUCUUUAGUUUUUUUUUUCGCUCAAACUAGCUUCCACCCCUCUUUAUUUAAAGUUAAGUGUAUGUCCGGAUAGAAGCCUUGGCACCUAGACUUAAAAAAAAAAAAGAAAAAAAGAGAGGCUGUACAUUUUGGUCUAUUUUAUGCGAGUAAGGCUAACCAUGCUAAGCGUUCCACCUUGGCACUCCUUGGCUGUACAUAAUGAGCAAACAGGGGGGGAGAUGGGACUCAAAAGACAUCCUUUUCUUUGUAAACCUCCGACAGCCCCCCUGGGACCGCUUGAGCUGACGUUGUGUUUUUCGAAUGUGUGGAGGAAAAGGCCUUCAGUAGUUCGGGUUCAGGCUGGAGCGAUCGGGAGGCUUCGUUUGUUUAACAUUCCUGUGCUUAUCGCAACAGUUUCUCCGGUAUUCCUCCAAGUCACUCGGGUACAGGUUGAAUACUACACAAGGACACCUUGAGGCCCACAAUCAAAGCAUAGACAUGUACACCUUGGUGAGUGUACGUCCCCCUUUCUGAUUUUUGAAUGUUUUCUUUAAAAAAAUAAGUAUUCGCUAUUCUUGCGGUUUUAAUAUAUAUAUUAAUAACUAAUACGAGGGAAAUUUGUGUCGGCUCCAUCAAAGCAUACAGGGGGAGACUGGGGAGGAACUGGAAUGAAUGGGGCCUUUUGAAGGGGCUGUGAACGCCCAGGCUUUUCCGAAGGAGUGCGCUUCAGUGGGGGGGGGUAUUGGAUUUACUUAUGAAUGUGAUUUAUGAUGGAUAUUCACUAAGGCUUUCUUAAAAAAAUUUGUCUUACCUUUUUUUUUUUUAUCGAGUCGUUUGCGUCAAUGACAAGUUUGUUGUUGUCGUCCGAUGAUUUAAUACAAAGGAACAUGUUGGUGUUUGUUAUCAUACCACGCACUAGACCGGACGACAGCCGUCCUGUCACCUCUCUCUCUCUCUCUCUCUCUCUCUCUUCUUGCUCUGUAGCUCGCUCUCUUUUCAGUUUGGCUUUUUCACUUUCCUUUGGUGCACUGUCUCACUGCUGAGUUUGAUCAUACUGUUUUGUUUUUCUGUACAUAUUAUAAAUAUAUAUAUAAUAAAAUGAUGGAAAAAUAUCGAUGUA